AUGUCUCUCAAGAGUCUUCUCGUCUCAACCUUUUUCGCGGCGUCUGCCUUCGCACAGAACUACGGCAGCGGCAGUUACGGUGGCAGCUACGGCGGCGGUAGCUCAGGCAGCGGUAGCGGCUGGAGCAGUUGGAGCGGGAGCAGCAGUCAAGGCCCUCCAGCACUCGCUGCAGCGUCAUGCCCAGCUGGUUGCCAACCGAUGCCCACCGGUGGCGCACCACCAAUGUCGACUCAACCCGGCCAAUUGAUCGUCCAGGUCGUCUCUGUCUCGGACAAUAACGGCUCUCUGAAGUAUUUCCCCGACAAGGUCACCGCGCCAGUCGGAUCUGUUGUCCAAUUCCAAUUCCACCCAAAGAACCACACAGUCACAGAGUCGUCCUUUGCUGAGCCUUGCAAACCUAUUGCCGCCAAUCUCACCACCCCCACAAGGCCUGGGCUGAAAUCUGGUUUCGUUCCGCUCACCGGCACGGAGCCAUUUACCCCUGUCUACAACGUCCUGGUUAACGACACCAAGCCCAUCUGGAUCUACUGUGGCCAGACCAAUCACUGCGAAAAGGGCAUGGCCAUGGUCAUCAACCAAAAUGACUCCUCGCCCAACACUAUCGACGCCUACAUUGCCAACGCGGCCAAGAUACCACUCGUUAAUGUCACCACACCUCCCCCAAGCAGUAGUGCCGCCGCACCUCCGGCUUAUGGCUCUCCGCCACCCUCAGAGUCAUCGGCGCCUCCCGCUGCCCCCCCGGCUGCGCCUCCAGCUUCAUCCUCGGCGUUUGCCUUUGGUGCCCCGCCAAGCUCCACGCCCGUCGCGCCAGAAUCGACUGUUGCUCCGCCUUCGAGCUCGGUACCCGUGGCUCCUGCUACAUUCACUGGUGCAGCUGUGCCAGGCUUCGUGCCUCAAUCAUCAACAGGUGUGGUCGGUCUUGCUCUUGGUGUGCUGUUGGCUUUGUGGUAA